AUGCUCUACAGCUGCUACCGCCGCCGCCGAAAACUCAAACGCCUCGUCGUAAUGCUCCUCCCCAUCCUCCUAACCGCCCUCCUCCUCUCCCCCCUGUACCUGAUCUACAAACCGCCAAGCCUCCUCAUCCGCUACCUCCAACACCGCUACCCAGACGUCCUCUUCCACGUCCCCCUCCCCAGCCACAAGAAGCUCGUCGCGCUGACCAUCGACGAUGCCCCCUCGCAAUACACGCAAGAGAUAGCAGCAACGCUAAAAGCGCACAGCGCGUCCGCGACGUUCUUCGUGAUUGGGUCGCAGAUCGACGGGGACGGGCGCGAGGCUGUGCUUGCGGACCUGGUGCGCGCGGGCCACGAGUUGGGGAACCAUGCUAUGCGGGAUGAGCCGUCGCGCGCACUAAGCGAUGAGGUGCUCUCGGCGCAGAUUGCGGAGGUGCAGGCGAGGAUAAGUCGGGUGUAUACGAGGGCUGGGGUCGAGGAGCCGCGGGUUAGGUGGUUUCGGCCGGGGAGUGGGUUCUUCAGUGAGAGGAUGAGGAGGUUGGUUAGGGCUCUGGGGCUGAGGAUUGCGCUGGGGAGUGUGUAUCCGCAUGAUCCGCAGGUGCCGUAUGCGUGGGUGAAUGCGGCGCAUAUCCUGAGUAUGGUGCGGCCGGGGAGUGUGAUUAUCUGCCAUGAUCGGAGGAGUUGGACGGGGCCGAUGCUCGCCAGGGUUUUGCCCGAGUUGAAAAGAAGGGGGUAUCGGGUUGUGACGCUGAGUGAGUUGGUGAAGGAGGCGGAGGGGUCAUGA